GCCUGCCGCUCUCAUAUUCUGAUCUUCCUCUUGAGGGAAGACUGUGAAAAAGUGCUUAUAUUAUGAGUCUGUUUUUCUGCCUUAGGUGAAACCCUUAGUAAUCUGUCUCAUUUUUCCUUUCGCAGAGAGAAAAACAUGAAUUUCAAAGUUGUGAUCUUCGCCCUAUUGCUCUCAACAACUUUAGCAUACCCUUUACAAAAUGGGUUCAGAGGAGCAGCUUGGGCUGACACAAAGACCAACCAGGCUCAUGACAAGGCCGACUUGACUAAAGACAUGGACAAGAUCUACAAGAGCAUCAUUGACAGCAGUGCUCUUUACAACCAUGAAGGCGAUGAUGCCAAAAAUCCUGUGGCAGAGGAAAUGCAGCAGAAACUGACCAUGGAGUCCGAGCGCCUCCGAGUUCGUCUCCGCCAAGAGCUGGCUGAGCUGCGGGAAAGAUUGUCCCCAUCUCCAGCUCAUCUCAGCGCCACGUUGGCCAGCAUAAGGGAGCGCUUGACUCCUCUGACUCAACAGCUGCAAAGCUCUCUCAGCAGCAACGCUCAAGAUCUGUGCAGCCAGCUCAGUUCGUAUCUGCAGGGUCUGGAGAUGACAGAGACUGCAGCAGAAUCCAGCCCAGCUCUGCAUCAGGAAGCCUUCCAGUGGCUCAGCCAAACCUUGAAGCAAAACACCAUCCAAUUGGCCAACAUGAUAAGUGAAUUUCGUGCGUCUGCCAGUGCCAUGAUGGAGGAUUUGAAACAAGGAGGUGGUUCUGAGGAAGACGCAGAGAAUUCAAAGAUGUGGCAAGACGUGACCUCUCGUUUAGAACAGGAAGUGAGUUCCCUGAAGGAGGCGGCACAGAAAAGAGUGGAGAUUCUAAACGCACAGCUUGCGGCGCUGCAGGAAUCUGUUCAGCCCCAUACAGCUGAAGUGAAAGGUACUGUGGAGCGAUUCUGUGAGAACACAGCCCAGCAGAGUCAAGAGCUUCAGGCCUGGAUGGAGAAACUCUUUAAAGCAUUGGAGGAGGAACUCCAUGCCACCUCAAGCGUGUCUUUUUCGUUGCCUGUGCAACACGACAGCUCUUUGCAGGAGGACUUUACCGUGAAGCUGUCUGCUCUGAUCCAGGAUAUUCUGCACUCUGUGCAGUGACAAAAACACACAUUGAAGAAAUGAAGUUUCAACUCCCGUCAAAUCACUUCAUUGACUCACCUAACCUGAAUUCUUGAAUUCUGCUUUUUUAUAUAUAUAUAACUUUACCAUCGGAACAAGCUGAGUGUAAAUAUUUAUAAGAUAUUUGUGAAUGUCUUUUUUUCAGUCUGCAUGUGAAUGAUUGAGGAUUUGUGUCUGUUUCAAUGUUAAAACGGUGCUACCUUCUAAAGGCUUGUUUAGUGAUAAAGCCACAUAAAAGUUAUUUUUCAUCAAUUUACCUUCAAGAAUAUAUUUUGUAUGAGCAAGACAACAAUGCAACUCUGAAAGAAUAGUUUGUAUUCAUCUUUAUUAUAGACAGACACCAAAUGUUUAUGUUAGCUCAGAAUUUCUUUCAGCGAAAUCUGAAUAUCUGUGAAUAUUAUUGUAAAUAAGCAGUAUAACAAAUAUAAGCUUUACCGAUGUUACUUGUACUUUUUAAAACAGUGCAAAGAAUAAACUAUUUUUCAAAACUA